ACCUACCGCUUUUUUUGCAGCCAUCCACCAUCCUUCCGUGUUUGUACCAUAACAAAUCGUGCAGAUGAUUUUCCUUUCUUUCCCACCAUGUUGCCAGAAAUGUAGAAAUACUUGGACACUUUUAACGCUCUGAAUAAUGCAAUUCUAAAUUAAAACUACGUUAAUUUCUGUGUUGUUUAUUACUGUCUAGUAAUCGUAUCGUAGUAAUCUUUAAAAAAUGGCCAACAACAAUGAUGGUGAGGGCGGCAGCGGCAAGACGAAGCGCAAGAGUGUCUCUUUGGUGGUCUCCAUCGAUGUUCGCCGGGAAUGGGUCAAGAAAUUACUUGCUUGCCUCCCAAAGGUCUCAGAUGUUGUGAAUAAAAUGAAAGCUGAAGAAAAUUCUAUUGCAAAAACUGCAAAUAGUGAGGCGGACUAUAUGCUUAAAAUGGAAAAUGUAUUGAGUGAAAUGCAAGAAACUUAUGGAUCAAAUCAGGACACGCAAACCUCAGACCCAGUACCUGGACCAUCAUCCUCGACUAGCAGUAGUGCCAGUGCCAUUGAACUGGAUGAACCUUCAAAUUCAGGGCAACCAAAUGAAGAAAACUCGAGUUCUGGAGAAAUGUCUCCUGCCGCUGACAGUGCUGAAUCUUCAGUGUCCAGCAGCUCUAGUGCUCCACAUUCUUCAUACAGAAUGCUACCUGGCAGCUCUGGUGCUCCAUUGGCAUACAAGUUGAUACCUAUAGACUUUUCAGCAGCAGGACGGUCAAACUCUAGCAACAACAGAACUCGCCAGUCAUUCUUUGAAACAUUCCCUGAUCUUGGAAGCUCUUCCUCAAAUGACCCAACUCCUGGACCUUCUCCUUUUGUUCCUAAUUCAAACACAGCUCGUUCUCAAUCCGCUGCUAGCCCACCUGUUUCUGAACUACCUGCUGCUGGUCCAUCUCGUACACAACCAGCUGUGAGGCAACCAGUUGCUGGCCCAUCACGCUCUGAUGACAAUGCAGAAGCAUUUGUACCCCAACUUUUUAGGCCAACUCGUUUAUUAUCCUUUCCCUCUGUUAACUUACCUCAUCCUGCACAAGACAAUCGACGCCUUGGAUCUCAAGAUAGUGUUGUCGUGUUGAAUGAUGACGUCGUUUUGUCGUCUGAUGAUGAUGAUCACCGUAUGGAUGUAGACAACGAACUGCAAAGACAAAAUUCAAGGAGAUUGGAGACAGUUGGAAACUUGCUAAUGUGCAAUUCAAUUUACUUGGACUUUGAGAUCGAGGAUGGAGAAGGCUGGGAGCUACCUCCGGUUUGCAACUGCCGACCUAUGCCAUAUGACAUAUUGGGAAAUACAAAUUUGCCACCUCCUCUUACUGUCAAAAUGAUGGAAGUGAGUGACUGCACUGUUCCACAAAUAGUUGAAAAGCUCAAGCUCUAUGGUGAAACUAAUAUAUCAUCAGGAUGCAAGACCCGUCUCUUACUGCAAUUGAAGCAGCUACUUAUAGAUCAGGAAGCUAUACGACAUGAUAACAAACUUAGAGCAGCCAGAAAUGAACCAGUACCAUCUUCUUCAAGAGAAACAAACUCUAGUAGUGUUCCUGUUUCCUCUUCCACCACUGAACAUGUCAAUAAUGGCAACAGGACUAAUGGCAACAACUCAAAUCACGGACCCUAUGGCAAUCUACCUGACCUGCAACCAACUCCAAUUUCUGCAAAUUCUCAAAUCAUUGAUGGAGGACAAUGUUCCACUGCUGGCUCGUCCACAUCUGAAAUAGACAAUAACUCAAACAGCACACCAGCAACAUCUCAGGCUGGAGAACAAUCAGACUUGAGAGACGUUGCAACAACGGCACCUGGCCCUUCCACUUCAAGAGCACCACAAGUUGCAGCUUCUUGUAUUAAUCGGAUAUUAAACCAAAAUAGAGUUAAUCCCUCUGACGAUGGGCAAGAGGCUAGAAGGACAUCAUCUACCACCGCUGGCCCUUCGACUUCAAACUCUGUUCCUUCCUCUCCGGUUGAGACUGGGCUGCCUGAUUCUACGGUAGCCGCGAGAAGCUCUAGUGGUGCUGGAGGCUCGGAUGUAGCAGUUCCGGGUCCAUCAAGUAGCCAAAGUACAAACCAACUAGGACCCUCGACCUCUUCAAGAAGAUCGUCUCCUUUCACGCCAGAUGCUGCUAAAAGGCGAUCCUCUUCUGGCGACGCCAAUUCUCGGGCACGAAAGGUUUUGAGGAAGUCAUCAGGUGCAGGCAGCUCUGGUGGAAAAGUUAAACGUCCCUCUAGACAGCAUGCUCUCAGAAUUAUGUCCGAUGAUUCAGAAGAUGACAGCAGCAGCAACGAGUGUUUUCCAGUAAAUUUAGGCGCCGCACAACAAUUUGUCAUGAGGCAAUCUCGACUUACGCUAAAUGAUGAUCCAAGGCAAAGGCCUCCUCCUGCAGUUAAUCCUGUUCCACGCGUGCGCUUCCAAGAAGAGGUGGAAAUGCAUUUUCCGCCCAGAUUGGAAGAUAAUUUUGAGCCUGUACAAUUUUUUAUGCCACAAGAAAAUCCUCUCAGGCCACCUCCAGCUGUCAACCCACCACCCUAUCCAAGACAUUUAGAACACGUGGAACAAGCCAGACUUGUCCAUUUGCCUGAACUUCCUGAGCUCGAUGCUGAUUAUAUGAGGGCCAGGAGGGAAAUUGACAACAGGAUGGCUGCUGUCGGUGACAGACUGCGUGCACAAGAACGUGCUGCCCGUGAACAAGAGCUUGCCACUGCCCGGAGUCGAGCUCGUUUGGAUGCUCGACUUGAGCAAAUUAGUGAAGCUGUUCGUGCUGACCAAGAACGGCGAGACCGUGCCCGAGAUAGAAAUCGAGUGCGUUUGGUUGCUAGACUUGAGCAAGUUCGUGAUGUUGCCCAAAACUUUGGUGCUGUUCGCGAGCGCGACGUUGCUCAUGCUCAAGAAGCGGAGUAUAUUCGAAUGAUUCGAGAAAGGCAGAGAAUACACUUGGAAGGUGCGGACCCUGUGCGUCCUAGAUACAGGGCAGCAUUGCAGGGCCAACCACCUGCAGCCCAAGUUUUGGCUGCGCCAAACCCGGCAAAUAACCAGCAGAGGAACCCUCCAGCCCUAACUGGAGCGCCUGCUGCAGUUCCAAGAGUGGCCAUCGUUCAGCAUAAUAGGAGAAGAAUUUCAUUUCAAAAUUCCACUCUCGCUCCAAGCCACACUUCUCGGGUGGUACCUAGUGCAUCAGUCCAAAGCACUACAAGACCACAAGGCACCACAGCGUCCAAUACUCCUCCUGUGGCCUCAGCAUCAAGUGUGACUCGAACAUCCUCUACACCCUCUACAUCCACUGCCCCAGAGCCUCAAGCAGGACCAUCAACUGAUAAUGCAAGCAUAGAAUGCUGCAUCUGCAUGGAUGCCAGGAAGGAAGUGCUAUUCAUGCCUUGCAAACACAUUGCCUGCUGCCGCGGCUGUGCUGAAGGCAUCCAGUUAUGUCCUAUAUGCAGAGUGCCUAUUGAAAGUUCAACCGAUGUUUUCCUUGCAUAAUUGCAAUUUUGUUCAGUUUGUCAUUGAAGGUUGCUUCCUAUUUGACUGAGAUGCUGUUUUUGUAUUUUUGUCCGAGUAAAUAAUUUGACUACGUUAUUUAUACAUCCAUUAUUAAAAAGUGAAGCAGAUUUAAUUUUGAUAAUCAACAACAAUGCAAAAAAAAAAGAGACACAGAAAGCAUCUUUUAACCAAAAUUGCUUUUCUAAUAUUUUUUUCUUAUUGGGAUAUAUAGUUCUUCAGCCAGAAGAAAAUUCAUAUUAUGGAAAAACCGGUUAAAAUAUAUGCAAUUAAAAAUAAUAUUUUGUAAAUUGAGAUUCAUGGAUACUUGCCAAAUAAUUGUAAAGAAUGCUGAUUUUUAAAUGCAAGCUCCCAGUGCUUAAUCCUUAAUCAAACUAUGUGUUAGUGAUUACACUACUGGCUUAUUGCCAACUUCUAAAUGAUGAUUUUAUGUUAGUGUUUAAAGUUUAAGCAAUAUUUUUAUGCCUUUUUUAUGAACACAAAUAAUUAAUUAUAAUAAACAAAAUUUUGCAAAAUUUA